AUGGCGAGCGUUCGAUGCCUUCGCGAGCUAAGCCGCCGCGCCACGACGGUGCUCUCCAUCAACCAGACGCGUUCGAUCUCUUCAUUUCCGGGGUUAGAGCUUUCCGGGAGCAGCAUUACUCAUGGGACCUCGAUUCCGAAUCGAUCUCUCUCUAGGGAUUUGCCGUGGUACAGUCUUCGCUACCAUUCCCAGGGUCGCUGUUUCUCUUCGAAGGCAAGCGAUAGUGAUGAAGGUGAAGAGAGCAGCGAAGGAGAGGAUGAGGAGUACUACGAGGAUUCGGCGGAGAGGGAAGUAGAAAGGGAGUAUUCACCGGCGGAGAAAGUGGAGGCGGCGGCGGAGAUUGGGUACAAGGUGAUGGGUCCUCUCAAACCUUCGGAGCGACUCUUCAAACCAUACGAGCCAGUGUUUGCCGUCGUUCAGAUUGGUUCGCAUCAGUUUAAAGUGAGCAACGGAGACUCCAUUUUCACAGAGAAACUGAAAUUCUGUGACAUAAACGAUAAGCUGAUACUGACCAAGGUUCUUCUAUUGGGCUCGGCGAGCCAGACGGUUAUUGGUAGGCCUAUCUUGCCAGAUGCGACUGUUCAUGCUGUAGUUGAAGAGCAUGCAUUGGAUGAAAAAGUGCUCAUUUUCAAAAAGAAACGAAGAAAGAAUUACAGGAGAACGAGAGGACAUCGACAGGAAUUAACAAAGUUGAGAAUAACCGAUAUAGAAGGAAUUGAGAAACCAGAGCCAACGAUUGUCCAUAAGCCUUCCAAGGCAUCUGAUACAGAGCAACCAAAUGCUGAGCUAGUUGCUUAA